AUGUUAUCAAACCGACCUCAAUCGCCAAAGGAAGAAGACUGCUGCGGUAAUUCAUGCAACCCGUGUAUAUUUGACGUCCAUAAAAAUUUAUUGAAACAAUGGGAGUUGAAAAAAUUAAAUAGCAAGUCAAAUAAUUUAUUGGAGCCUUUAGUGUACAAAUUAUUUAAAGUUUAUGAAUUAAAACAAUUAAAUAAUGACUAUAUUUCGUUAAUACUGCGUUAUAGCGAUAAAGAAAUAAAUGAUGGACGCGUGAUAUUUAAUCCUGGACAACAUGUUGUGAUAAAUUAUUUAAAGUGGUCGAAACCAUUCACCCCAAUUUCAUGGACCGACGAUACUAUUAAAUUUUUAAUUAGGAUUUACGCUGACGGUAUCAAUACCAAGAGAUUAAAAAAUUUGGAGAGUGGUGAGCUGAUUAAAGUUCGAGGACCGUACGGAGAUUUUGUGUACUCGCGUAAUAAAUUUAAAAGUAUUGUUAUGUUUAGCGUUGGCAGUGGUUUAGCAGCUUUUGUACCAAUUAUUAAAUCAAUUAUUGACGACGAGGAAGAUGAAACACGUGUUUGUUUAAAUGCUGGGUUCAGAUCAGUGGAUCUGGUACCAUUGACUAAAAAUUUACAAUUGUUUACUGACUAUUGGAAUGUUGAGUGUAAUCUUUAUUUAACAGAAGAUGCUAGUAAAAAAGUCAACGGCAUUAAUAUUGAGAAAGGAAGAAUUGAUGAAAAAAUUUGUAAAUGUAUUUUAGAUAAUUAUUUGGCGAGCAGCUCUUUAGUUUUGAUUUGUGGUACAGAAAAAUUCAAUCUUUCUCUUGAAAGAUGGAUCGUAGAGUAUAAUUUUGUGAAUUAUCAUGUUUUUAAAUAA